AUGGGAUUGCUUUUGCUGUUAAGCUACUCUGAGGAUCUGGAAAAAAAGGCAGAAACGUGGGUCGAAAGUUGCCAGUCUGAUAAGACAAACACCGAAAAUGACAUUGGGAUGACCAAGGCUGUCUCUUCAGAUGCGAAUCCAACGUUUGCUAACAUGAUUGCUACAUUUGGUGUGGAAGGCGCAAAGUUCGAUUAUGAAAGUGAUAGUUGUGGUAGCGAUAGCUGCACGAACUACAAGCAGGUAGGUAGUGUGGGCUACCACCACUAUGGUCGGAUGUGCAAUGAAGAAAUGCCCCAAUCAGGAGUCGAAUCCAGAAACAACAACUACAUCUACAGAAUCUACAACUACAUCUACACAAUCUACGACUACAUCUACAGAAUCUACAACUGCAUCUACAGAAUCUACGACUGCAUCUACAGAAUCUACAACUGCAUCUACAGAAUCUACAACUACACCAACAGAACCUACAACUACAACGACUGUUUCCAAAGAGACUACAACAUCUACAACAUCAGCACCAUCUGCAUCCAAGAAAGCAAGUCAGCAGACUACUCUCAUGGUCUGUUUCUACAAACCCGCAUAGUGUGGGCUGAAACAAUCGAAGUCGGGUGUGCAAAGAUGAAAUGCCCGAAAGAUCCUGCCCCAGCUCCACCAGAACCAGGCCCCAACCCGCCAGCGCCAGACCCCAAUCCGCCAGCGCCAGGCCCUGACCCGCCGGCGCCAGACCCUGAUCCGCCAGCGCCAGACCCCAAUCCGCCAGCGCCAGACCCCGAUCCACCAGCUCCAGGCCCUGCAGGACAAGAAAGAGCAGCACCAAAGCAAACAAAGCAGACUACUCAAAUGGUCUGUUUGUACGCACCCGCGUGA